UCUUCAACUUUCUCUCUAUUUCCUCUGAUCUCUCGACUUGAACAGGGACUCCUUUAGUAUCCUUCAACCGAAAAAAUGGAAAACGCAAUAAGAAAUUGUUUCCUCCUUGCUUCGCUAGUCAUUGUCUGCACCCCAUCUUUAGCAGGUGCAGCACAAUACAAUGUCCUAAAUUAUGGGGCAAAACCAGAUGGGAGAACUGACUCAACCACAGCCUUUCUUGCUGCUUGGACACAGGCCUGUGGCUCUAUUAGCCGUUCUACCCUCUAUGUACCACCAGGCAGAUACUUUCUACGAAACGUACAAUUCAGUGGUCCUUGCAAGAAUAAUGCAAUCGUCGUAAGAAUAGAUGGCUCACUUCUGGCUCCCACCGAUUAUCGGGUUAUCGGUAAUGCCGCGAACUGGAUUUCCUUUCAGCAUGUUGAUGGAGUUACAGUUUCUGGUGGGAUACUUGAUGGACAUGGUUCUGGUUUGUGGGAUUGCAAGCAAUCCGGCAAGAAUUGCCCAAGUGGUGCCACGACACUAAGCGUUUCCAAUUCACAAAACAUAGUGAUCAGUGGACUGCAUUCACUGAAUAGCCAAAUGUUCCACAUCGUUGUCAAUGGCUGCCACAAUGUGAGAAUUCAAGGGGUUAAGAUCACUGCAUCCGGGAACAGUCCAAACACGGAUGGCAUUCAUGUACAGCUAUCCAGCGGCGUCACAAUCUUGAACUCGAAGAUCAGAACCGGUGAUGAUUGUGUCUCUGUCGGUGCCGGAACCACUAACUUGUGGAUCGAAAAUGUUGUAUGUGGCCCUGGCCAUGGAAUCAGCAUUGGUAGUCUGGGGAAGGACCUUAAAGAGCCAGGGGUGCAAAAUGUGACGGUUAAAACCGUUACAUUUAUCGGUACUCAAAAUGGGUUGAGAAUCAAAACGUGGGGGAGACCAAGCAAUGGUUUUGUAAGGAAUGUUCUUUUCCAGCAUGCCGUCAUGACCAACGUUCAAAAUCCCAUUGUCAUCGACCAAAACUACUGUCCUGACAACAAAAAUUGUCCUGGUCAAGCUUCCGGGGUAAAAAUUAGUGGUGUGACGUACCAAGAUAUCCAUGGAACAUCAGCAACAAAAGUGGCAGUGAAAUUUGAUUGUAGUAAAAGGUCUCCAUGCACUGGUAUCAAAAUGGAGAAUGUGAGGCUUACUUACAUGAAUCAACCAGCUGGUGCAUCUUGCAACAAUGCUGAUGGAAAAGCUUCCGGUUUCAUUCAGCCUAGUAGCUGUCUCUAAUUUGUAAAAUGCCAAUCCUAGAAGAAACUUAUAUCAUGCAUGCUAGCUAUUAGAUUAGCUAGGAAGUUUGUUGCUCGAGCCUGUGGCUUUUCCGGGUCUUUGAGGUUGCUUUGGAGCCCGGCCUUGCAAUUGUUUUUAUGUUGAAAAUAAUCGUCUAAAUUUCUCAUUAUAUGAAUGAAUAUUUGAAGAAAUUAUG